AUGAACAUCAAAGACUGCCUGGCAGAUUUCCGUUCAUUCGAUGAAUGUCUAACUACGAAUGAUCGGGGCAUGAUCGGUACCUUCCAAUUACGCCCCUAUAAGCUUCUGAAUAUCAACCCGUGCAGACAAGUCGAUGUACUAUUAAGGUUGGUACUGUACUGCAUUCGGAAGACGUUUGCUCUGACAUCAAUCGUCGUUGGAAUGAUCCUUUUUGCACAUGACAGUAAACUGACCUUCAUCCGUUCAGAUGUCCUGAUUGGUGGAUUUGACAGGGGGGAAUAUCAUGCCACUGCGAGUCAGGAUUGAAUAGUCUUUAGUCUAAAUAGUUGCAUGCAUGAAAUAUCUUGCCCCGAGGAGCUCACGCCAACAUUAUUCAGUAAUCCCGUGUAUUCUAACUGAAUCAGUGCUAGAAUCUGCAUUGGAAAUUCUGGGAGAGGCCUUAAAGAGCUGCACAACUCAAUGUGGCUUUACACAUUCGCACGGUGGUCACAGAUCCUGCGAUUUUCCUCUUUUGGACGAUUGUCCUCUUAGCGGGCGGUUAGGCGUACUCCAAAGCUGGUUCUCACAAAAGUCAAGGAGAGGUGCCGUUACACCUGUGGUCUUUCAUCCAUUCACAUUGAAUUAGAAUUAUGUACAGUUGCCUUUGUUCCCUACGAAGACUCUCUCUUUCUUGUACAGACAGAAAGUCUUGACUCCAGAAGACAACUUCAUCGGUCAGUGGGGUGAGUCUAUCUCAACCACCACACAUAGUCCCAGUAAUCGAACGCCAGUAGAAGAAGAUAGGAGGAAGUAUUAUAAGAAUUCAUUCUGUACAGACGCCUGAACUGCUGUUACAGGCAGCAGUGGUCGCCGAGGAAGUCACGUCAUCAUGCCACUGGGAACGCGUCUUGAUAAUCUGUUGCCUCUAUUGGCUGUCGGGGGAACUUUGAAGAGCCCCGAGUCCUGUUGCGCACCUAUUGUAGCGCCUUUACCGUCUGGAGAUGCAAGUGUCUGUUAUAAAGUCAUUUGAGACAAUUGGUGAGGCUGUGAGGUCGGUACGUCUGAGAAAGUUCUCAAGGAGUCUGGAUGACCUUGAGACUGUGGCUGCACUUUGAACAAAGGCAACUUGCCACAUGUUGGCGGCCGUCUACAGAGCAGCCUUAUGCAUGCCUUUGCCUAAAAAAAGACCGCCAUUCAGCGAGGCCAAUAACCAGGCCGUUGUCUGUCUGGAUCGCCCGUCCCACGAAGUAGAGGCACGGGACCAAAUCACAGUGUCGGUUUAAGCUGGGGCUGAGUGCUUUUGCCCGCUCUACGAGGCAGUUACUUCCUUCAAGUCAUCAGGUCAUCUGUGAACGGAAACGCCUGGCAUAUGGUGAUGUGUUAAGCAGUUGCGAUCAAGGCACUGGGUAGCCAAAUUAUUCGCAGAUUCCGUCUCGCAAUCUUCCAGCAAUAACAGCGAGCCAGUGUGGGGAUGAUGAUGAUGAUGAUAAUGAUGAUGAUGAUGAUGAUGAUGAUGAUGAUGAUGAUGAUGAUGAUGAUGAUGAUGAUGAUGAUGAUGAUGAUGAUGAUGAUGAUGAUGAUGAUGAUGAUGAUGAUGAUGAUGAUGAUGAUGAUGAUGAUGAUGAUGAUGAUGAUGAUGAUGAUGACUGGAAAUACGAAUUUCGUUUAGUGGUCUUCGAGCAGGAACUGCGGCUUCAGAUAAAUCUCCCGAAGCUAGAUGGGUGUCCGCUUCAAUCGGUCCAUAUUCCUCUUAGGUUUGUGGCCUGA